AAACGACGCAGCAGGAGACGCCGAAGUCGAAGCUCGCUUCCCUUGGUGCUUCAUUCCCAGAGUAUAGAGAGAGAGAGAGAGACUGAUGGGGUCGCCUUCAUCUACUGGAGGAAGCGGUGGUGGAUCAGCGCUUCAGUUGGCCAUGGCUGCCUUUCUUGGAGCGUCUGUGACGGCCGUUUCUGCGUUUCUCUUUCACAUCCAUACACUCAACGGUCUUAUUGAUUAUGUCCAAUCCCUCAGCCGACGGAAGGGUCUUGCAGACGUCCAAGAAGAAGAAGACGGGGAAGAGAGGGAAGCAGAAGAGGGAGAUGAUGAUUACGAGGAGGAUCAAGACGAAGAAGAAGAAGAAGUAGAAGAAGAAGUAGAAGAAGAAGACGCCGACGAUGAUCGUGAUGAAGAAAAAAAAGAAGAAGACGACCACGCCGACGACGAUGAAGAAGCAGAAGAAGUUAAUGGCAACGCAUCUGUCGCGGCAUCAGACUCCUCGUUGGCGAAGUUGAAGGGAGAUUCUAUGGAGGAGGACGUCAUUAUGUUACGUCCGUCCUCCAAUGGUGAUUCUAGCUUGGGUAGUCUUGAAUUAAACCAGAAUGCACUUCCACGUCUUCGAACGGGAAGAGAAACAGGAACGUGCCACACUAUUGGCCAUUCGCCACUAAGGUCUGGGGUAUCAUCCACUGACAAGCCAUCAAUUCCAAAGUCAUUAUCUGGAAUUGCACCAGAAACUGCAUUGCACAAUGGCAAGAAUGAGACUCCUCUGCUUGAAAAUGGAUACCACCCAAACUGCAACUGUUCUUCUGUUUUACCAGAAGUUUCACAUGCGAGCAGUCCAUCUGGAGAACCUUCUAAUGAACAAUCUAUAUCUGAUAUCUCAGCAGAAACUUCAAGGUCAAAGCCUCAACAUGAUGUGCUGAUUCGGUUGAAAAUCUCACCUCAAGUGGCAAUUAAAGCAGAAGAUGAUGAAGUAUGUUCAAUGCUUCAAGAAUGUCUUGAAUUACGGGAAAAGUACAUUUUCAAAGAAACAUAUUUUCCUUGGGAAAAGGAAACUGUCUCUGACUUGCAUGCUUCAAAUCUUGCCUCAUGUUGCUCCUCUGCUCGAGAAAAUCAGCACUAUUUUAAGAUGGAAGUCGGUGUUGUACAUGUAUAUGCUGCGAAUGGUCAAGAUCUAUUCCCAGUUGCAAAUUCAACGACUUUUUUCACUGAUAUGCAUCAAAUCUUGAAAAUUGCCUCCUUAGGAAAUGCACGUACAACAUGCUUUAGGCGAUUAGAGCUGCUAGAAGAUAAGUUUAAUCUUCAUCUCAAGUUAAAUUGUGAUAAGGAAUUCCUAGCACAGAAGGAUGCUCCUCAUCGUGAUAUUUACAAUGUUAGAAAAGUUGAUACACAUGUUCAUCACUCUGCAUGUAUGAAUCAGAAGCAUCUUCUGAGAUUCAUAAAAUCAAAACUAUCUAAAGAACCUGAUGAGGUUGUAAUAUUUCGAGAUGGGAAGUAUCUGACUCUUAAAGAAGUGUUUGAAAGCUUGCAGUUGACAGGGUAUGAUUUAAAUGUUGAUUUGCUGGAUGUGCAUGUGGAGAUGAGCAGCUUUCAUCAGUUUGAUAAAUUCAAUCUAAAGUACAAUCCUUUUGGGCAGAGCAGGCUCCGUGAAAUAUUUUUGAAGCAUGAUAACCUUAUCCAGGGCCGUUUUUUGGCUCAGUUAACAAAGGAAGUGCUGUUUGAUCUUGAAGCAAGCAAAUACCAGAUGGCUGAGUAUAGAAUAUCAAUCCAUGGGAGAAAAAAGAGUGAAUGGGACCAAUUAGCAAGCUGGUUUGUGAACAAUGAGAUUUAUAGUGCAAAUGCUGUGUGGUUAAUUCAGCUACCUCGAUUGUAUAAUGUGUACAAGGAAAUGGGAGUUGUUACUUCAUUUCAAAACAUCUUAGACAAUGUUUUUAUUCCUCUCUUUGAAGUCACAGUUGAUCCAAGUACUCAUCCUCAGCUGGACAUUUUAUUAAAACAGGUUGUUGGCUUUGAUCUUGUAGAUGAUGAAAGCAAGCUUGAAAGAUGCCCAACAAAGCAUAUGCCUACUCCUGCUGAAUGGACAAAUUAUUUCAAUCCUGCAUACUCAUAUUAUGCGUAUUACUGUUAUGCAAAUUUGUAUGUUCUGAACAAGCUAAGAGAAAGCAAAGGAAUGACCAUAAUCAAAUUCCGACCACAUUGUGGUGAGGCAGGAGAUGUCGAUCAUCUGGCUGCUGCAUUCCUUGUGGCACACAACAUUGCUCAUGGGAAUAAUCUCAAAAGAUCCCCUGUUUUGCAGUAUCUGUACUAUCUUUCUCAGAUAGGAUUGGCAAUGUCUCCUUUGAGUAACAACUCUUUGUUUCUCAAAUACAAUCGAAACCCAUUUCCAAAGUUUUUUGCUCGAGGAUUGAAUGUGUCGCUCUCAACAGAUGAUCCAUUGCAGAUCCAUUUUACCAAGGAACCUCUGUUAGAGGAAUACAGUUUUGCUGCUCAGGUUUGGAAGCUAAGUUCUUGUGAUCUAUGUGAGAUUGCGAGGAAUUCAGUGUACCAGUCAGGUUUUCCUCACUCAUCUAAGUCUCAUUGGCUUGGGAGGCGGUACUACAAAAUGGGCACUGAAGGCAAUGAUGUUCAUAAGACAAAUGUACCACAAGUACGAGUUGAGUUUCGGCAUGAGAUGUGGGAAGAAGAAAUGCGAUAUAUUUAUUCAGGACAUGCAAGAUUUACUGAAGAAUAUUGAACCAUGAACAAUACCUAAAGAACAAACGACUGACAUCAUCCACCUUUUGUUCUACAAGAUUUAAGUUGCUUGCCACGGAAGAGCUCUGGUCCAUCUUUUGUUGUAUACCUCUGGGAGUUGCCUGAAGAAGUAAUGCCGUGAAACAGGAAAGGCUUCCAAUGUUACUCUUCUAAAACAGGUUGUUCCAUAGAUUUGAUUUGCGAUCUGGGUGGCUGUUUCUGGUUGAAGUUGGUUCUGUGGUUUAAUGCCAUCCAUAUGAACCGAAGCAGGUUUUUUUACAGAUCGGUGGCUAAUUCAAUGAAUCACGAGGCAGCCCGCAGGAAGUGUCUAUUUGUUGUUUUAGGCUUUUAGCAGUUCUGGAAUGGGACUUCAUUAUCUACUUUAGAUGCUGGAGUAAGAUUGCAAAUAAAUUUGUAUUGACACUGUGCAACAUAUGUAAACAAAUUUGGUUGAAUGGGAAGUCGCUGUUUUGAA